GUCAAUUUAUCAAUAAAGUUGAUCACUUUACCGUGAUCAGGUUCAUGUCAGUAACUCUGUUGAGUCAGUUGUUGUUAGAAGUGUUUUUGCGAGUUGUCAGUCUUUUGUGUACAUAAUAUUAGUUAAACGUAUAAAUAACCGAUAUGAAAGUGUGUAUGAUUGAAAACACCGGGUUUAUCGGUUUGUCUCAGUAUCGGUAAUUUCGCAGACAGACGAAUUCCAAUUGAUAAUAUAAGGUGAAUUGGUGCAUAUUAGAAAAUGAGUGAAAAACCAAACAAAACAUUAUCUGGGGCGGGUUCUUCCGUUCCACAUAAAAUGAGGCUUUAUGCGACUUGGGUCGAUAGAACACCUUCUAAUUGCAUUCCGAGGCUCUGCACCUUAACGCUAACCAGGCUGCAGAUUUUAAAACCGUUAGGAUCAGAUAUAGCCAGUAUAUCCAUUGCUGUGAAGAUGCAUUCCAGCAAGCGCACAUUAAGAUCCAAUGAACUCAUAAUACCGUCAAACGGUGCACUUGAUGCUUCAUUGGAUGUCACUUUUUGUCUUCAGUAUCCUCAUUUCUUAAAGAGAGAGGGUAACAAGCUUCACAUUUUACUCCAAAGACGGAAACGGUAUAAGAACCGAACUAUUCUUGGCUUCAAAACUUUGGCUGAGGGAAUCAUCCGAAUGGAUCAGGUGCUCCAAAAACCUCUGGAUCUCGAACUUGAACUGACAAAUGAUGGCGGAGGAAAAGAUAAGACUGCUGGACCGUGUGCUCGUUUGUAUAUUGUUCAAAUAAGUUCAACGCCAGUUGACCAGCAGGAGCACAAGGUUGAACGUGAACAUGAUUUCAGUGAUGAAGAUGAUGAGAUUUCUUCGCUUGAGGAAGAAGCCGGAGACUUGUCCGACAGUGAACCAAUCCGUACAAAACUUCCCCAUACAAGACACAAUUUGAAACAACGUUUUGUAUCUUUACUUCGACGAUUUCGCGUUCCAGAUUCUGAAGGGGGCAGAGGUGCAGAUCUCGAUAAUCCAAGUGAUAUUCAAGCUCUAUUUCAAGAAUUGGAAUCGUUAAGUUGUGAUGAAGACUCUGGGGCCGAACAAGAUACUAUGUCUAUUUCCAGUACUCCGAAGCCAAGCUUACGUCCAUUUUUUAGCAGCAGCAAAAGUUUAUUAGAUUCAACACCUAUCCCCUAUAUUGAAACUGAAAGAAUUGGUGAUGAAAAGGCGGCAUCUGGAAGCGAUGGAAAUGCAGAUGUUUGUUUUACGGAUCCAGAAGCUCAAAGCGAUCCGCAAACUGGUUCACCACCUCGUGACCAAGCUAUCAGCGCCAAGAAGCAAGCAUUCGACAACGAAUUUGCUAAUAUAAUUCAAGAGUUAAGCGAAAAGAAAUCUAAGCUGUUCAGAACGCCUGCUGCACUAGCAAAGAAGAAGAAUUCACUUAGUGUGAGUUCAGAUGUUCCGGUCCAAGAAGUUAUGGUAAGAAAAGGAUUUUUGGAACAAAUCUCCAGGCUCCUCCCACCAGAAGAAAACGUUCUACCGGAGUGUAUUACCCUUGUAUUUGGGCCAGACAAUAUUGCCUCUGCCAUAUCAAAUAGACUGACUUCCAUUCAAUCCACGUACAAAGUAUUUCAACCCAUGUCUGCCAUCGAAGUGAAAGUGGUAUUAGCUGCACUCUUUACCAAAAUUCACAAGUAUUGCAAUAAUUGUGCUAAGCCGAGCACGCCAGUAAAAAUUGUGCUUAUUGGAGGAGACAUGCUAAUCGGUUGGUUCGUCCGACCAUUCGUUGAUAUUCUAUCAGGCAAACCGUCCGAAUGGUUAUCAUAUACUCGCAUUUUUGUUGUACCUUUGGGAGCCUGUGGAAUUGCCAGGCAUUUGGCAAUGUUGGAUGUUGUUUAUAUGUCGUUUUUUCCUGCCGAAAUAGAACCUAAAGCGGAUGAAAUUGCUCAAAAGAUUAUUCGGUAUACGUCCGUCCCGCUUUCAGCGCCUCUGGCUCAUCUACCAAUUGGCGAAGCUAUGUUGACUUGCUUUGACGAAACUAGUCAGUUAUUCAUUCCAUUUGUAAAUGAGGUUCGAGUUGGUCCAGCUGAAAACACACUUUCAGCUUCAGUGGAUAUGGAUGAUAUUUGUUCCAGUCCCCCAGCACCGUCUCUCACGCCACCUUCAUCGCCCAAUGUACAAAUACGAGAAUCUCCAUGGGAGCCACUUGAGUUGCAAAUCGACUAUUGGCAACUGCCGAAAUCUAAUGAAAACUUUAUCAAGACUGAAAAAGAAAAGGACAAAGCUAAACAAGACGGGAAGACCUCCGUUAAAGGCGUUUUUAGAGGACUGCAGGCUUCUCCAAAUAGUACAUCUGGACUUUGUGUGAAUAUGCAAAUGGCUAACAAGGAGAAAAAGCAAAAAAUUAUGAGGCUGGGUAAGAAAAAGGAAAAGGACAAAGACACUGAAUCACGGAGCCAAAAUGUGGAGGGAGUCUCGAGACUGAUAUGUUCUGCUCGCGCCUCCCAUACAGCUCCAAUGCGAGUAUACAUUGAUGGAGUAGAGUUCAAUGGGGUCAAGUUCUUCCAGUUAAGUUCCACUUGGCAAACCCACGUAAAAAACUUAACUGUUUCUCUUGUGGGCGUUCCUUUAGCCAACACCGAAAUGAACUGAGGUCUUCGUAAUGAUUGCCAGCUUAUGGUAAAUUUGGCUAUUAUGCACUGGCUAUUUGAAGUGAUAUUGUAUACUGUAAAUAAUUAAUGAAUGUCAAAAUGGACAAUGUUGUAUCAGCAUGCGUGAUGACAUUUUUUUACACGCAUAGUGUAAGAUCUCAUAUAAGACUGUUCACAAGUCAAUAAAUAAUUCAUUGCAAUUAGUUAGUUAUAUUAGAAAGUGCCGUUAGUUACUCUUGUAAAGCUCGAUGUUGUAUGGCUUUUUGGAUUGUUGCAAGCGCUUUUAGACAAUAAAAUACAUCACAUACAGUUAAGAAGCGAAUAUGUUUCUCGUUCUAUUGGAAUUAAAUUGCAAUACAACAUUGUCUCAUAGAUGUUAAUAUUAUAUAAUGUUAGAUGUGACAUUAAAACAGAGACUAUAAGGUUAUUGAAAAUAAUAUUAACUCGUCCCAGAUGUAAUGUUUUCAUGUUUUUUUUUAAUCACAUAACUACCAUUUUAGGCAAGGAAAAUUGAGAAAAUUAAUCAAAGUUCAUUUGUUAUGAAUUAAUGCUCAAUAACUUCGGCGUUUUAUUUUUAAUUUUCAGUGUCUGGUACCCUAUAAUCUGAUAUUAUAGGGUAGGUGAUACAUAAUAGAUAUUAUAAAUAUACAGUGCGCGACACGAUUACUCGCACGUUUAUUAAUACUAAAAAUUUUCAUUAGUAAGCUACACAAACACUAUAUUAAGGAUUUUAACAAUAUUAAUUUAACAUGUUUGUAUUCUACAAUUUAUUUUUUUUUGUAAAGCAAAUAUUACCGCGUUCCAUAUCAAUACCAAUCACUUUUAGAACACUCAAAUAUGCUCAAAUUACUACUAGACAACUGUCAAUCUGUUGACAAGUGGCAUGAUUUUGUGUCUUCUUCGUACCUAGCCACCUAAGAUUCCAAAGUCAAUGAGAGUAAUCAAGUGUGCAAGUGUCGCAUUAAUUCGCGAAUUCAAAAGUCCAGACGCCCCCUGGUGGUUAAACUUAUAACUACAAAUUAAGUAGUAAUUUGACACUUGUUUUGUUGACAUUGGUGUCACAUUUGUGAUUACAUCUGAUUGUAAUUUGUCUUGUUCCAGUCAACUUUCGCAAGCUUUUAAAGAAAUAGAAAUAGAUAGAAAAGUGUGUAAGUAGUUUUAUGUUAUCAAUGUUAUCAACUCCAAUAAAUAAACAAGUCUGAGAAGUAUCAACUGCCACUCUAGAAUGAGUAAUUUGACGUUUCGCAGCGCCACCAUCGGUAGUUGAACUCGCGAAUAGUCGCUUCUAAAAAAUGUUUCCGUUGUGAAGUACGAGUGAAUUAAACGAGUUGUUGGAUGAAUACUAAUAAAAUAUUGUAUCCAAUAACACAUAUGGCUUGCUAAUGAAAAUUUUGACUAUUAACAAAAAAUUGUUCAAAUCUGUUGGUGCGAGUAAUAGUGGCGCGGACUGUUUACAUACGUUGAAAAUCCUGAAAGCAAUAACACAUAUUUUCGGAAAAUAAAUAUCCUCAAAAUUGAUGAAUAAUUUUUAUAUCAGAAGCAGAUAUUUUAUGCCUGUUGAUGAGACAAAUUAUAUUUUUUUUAUAAUAGCUCAUAUACAUACUUUCUCUCUUGUGUACAAAUUUACUUAAUAAGGUGUCUGCUACGGUAAACUUUUAUAACAUCAAACGUACUCGUAAGCUGCAGCAUUAAAAAAACCGCGUUUUAAGCAAGGAAAAACAACAUUCGAAUGCUGUAAUUUUAUAGUUGUCGGAAAAAACAAAUUAGUGAGUCUUUUUGAUCAGCUAGGAAAAUAUAUAGAAACUAUUAGCUUAUAUUUAUAACAAAGGUUCAAUUCCAUGCGACUUAGUUCUGUGAAAUGUUUUUUCGUUGUAGAUUUAACGCUGCAGCUAUAUAUCGAAUUGCAUCCUCCAGAACAUGUUGCUAUUUUAAUGCUGUUAGGAUCAUAUAAAAGUCAUACUUUCAAUAUAUUUUUUUAUAAUUUGACAAAGCUAGCAAAAAGGUAAAAUUAUCCAACCGACUGUAAAAUGUAAACAACGUUGGUUUUUUCUGUUAAAAUAUUUGAUUUUAUUUAUCAAUUGGUGGUUGCAUUAUAUCCUAGUUAAAAAAUGUAUUCGGGCGCUUUAGUCGAUAUCAUAUCAACUUAUUUUAUAAAAGUCUCAUCAACAAAUUAUGAUUGAGUUCAAAAUCUCAGAAAUGCGAGAAAAACGACCAGUUUUCAGAAUAGUCGACGAAAUAAAAUUAUCCAAAAACAAUUCUAGAUACAAAAUAUUUUCAGUAUUAUCCGAUAUAUUUUUAACCAACUAACUAAAUUCGAUUUGGCGUAAGAUUAUUUUCAAUAACUUGUCUUACGCUUCGUUCGACUGUAAACUUAGGAUAUAAGAAAGAUUUUGUAUUAUUUAUUGCUUUGCUUGUUGAUAUCGCGCAUUCAAUUUUGCUUCUAGUCAAAAAUGGACUAUAUGAAUAGUCUCGACGUUGACAAUACAUUGUGUUAAAGCUCAAAGUAGGGAAAUUGUUUACUACACAAAGAGAUUUACCUGUUAUUACUCUUGUACGCAUAUUACAGUCGCAUUACGUGUGAAGCGAUAUUUAGAGCGUAACAGUACAAUACUACUUUUUGUAAUUGACUACUUAGCUCUAGCAAUUCAAUGCGUUGCAGAUGAUCAUAAGUAAAGCUUUGUAUUUACAUAUUUGUAAACUUACGAUAAGAAUACUCUCUAUAUGUGAUAUAGUUUGUAGUCAUUGUUGAAAUUCAUAUCAAGAGUAUGCUUAUAACAAACGAAUAAAUUUUUAAUCAACCGUACUUUAUAGGACAUAUACUAUUUAAGUAAUACUGCUUUAGUGUGCUAUAAGUACUAGGGUUCUCGUUCGUUAAUGUUAAAGGUAUACUCAUAGUUGGGAAAUUGUGCGCAUCAUUUGUAUUUGGGGAUGCCGUAUGUGGAUCGGAGAAGUUGGAAUAUAUUACACAAUGCAAUUUGUUUAUUUUUGUGAUUGAGUUACUUGUAAUUUAUAAAUAAACAUUAUAUAAAGA